AUGCCUGUGACAAAAUUCUCCACUGAGGAGAAGUAUGAGUAUCUCAACGGAUUUGGGUCUCUUCAUGAAUCAGAAGCUGUCAAAGGCGCUCUUCCUAUCGGCGCCAAUUCUCCACAAAAAGCACCGUAUGGCUUAUAUGCAGAGAAGCUAUCUGGCACUGCGUUCACCGCACCUCGCCAUGAAAAUCUUCAGACGUGGCUUUAUCGCAUUAUUCCAGCGGCGUCACACUCUUCCUUCGAGCCGUUGAAACAGAACAGACCUGAGUCUAGAGGCAAAAUCCACCAGAUACCAAAUCAGUUACGAUGGGACCCUUUUGAUAUCAACAACGAGACAGAUUGGAUCAGCGGCCUCAGACUAGUCGGUGGCGCAGGGGAUCCUAGUAUGAAAACAGGUCUUGGGAUUUUCAUUUUCGCUGCUGGUCGAAGCAUGGAACCCAACGUGGCCAUGUACUCCUCAGAUGGUGAUAUGUUGAUCGUCCUCCAGCACGGCGUGCUCGAUAUCAAAACGGAGCUGGGAAACCUGCUGAUCCGUCCCAACGAGAUUGCUGUCAUUCCGCGAGGUAUCAGAUAUCAAGUCAACUUGCCGAGUGGACCAGUCCGAGGAUACAUCCUUGAGCUCUAUCAGGGCCAUUUCAUACUUCCUGAACUGGGUCCCAUCGGUUCCAACUGUUUAGCUAACCCACGAGACUUCCAAGUCCCAACUGCAGCGUUCGAUGAGGAUGGGAGUCAGUGGUCAAUUGUGAACAAGUUUAACGGGAACUUCUUCAUUGCCACACAAAACCACACGCCAUUCGAUGUCGUGGCAUGGCAUGGCCAAUACUAUCCAUACAAGUAUGAUCUUGGUCGUUUCUCUGUCAUAGGCAGCAUCUCGUUCGACCAUCCAGACCCGUCUAUCUACACGGUUCUAACUGGCCCGUCGGACCACCCAGGCACAGCCGUGGCCGACUUUGUCAUCUUCCCGCCUCGUUGGCUUGUGCAAGAAGACACUUUCCGCCCUCCAUGGUACCACAGGAACACGAUGUCUGAGUUCAUGGGCCUUAUCUGCGGCGACUAUGACGCAAAGACUGGUGGCGGUUUCCGCCCUGCCGGGGCAAGUCUGCAUAACGUCAUGUCCGCCCAUGGGCCGGAUGCGAGCACAUUUGAGCGUGCAUCCAAUGCUGAGUUGAAGCCGCAGAAGGUCGGAGAGGGAAGCAUGGCUUUCAUGUUUGAGAGUUCUCUGAUGAUCGGAGUAACGGACUGGGGCUUGGAGACGUGCCAAAAGGUUCAGAAGGGUUACAGUGAGGAUAGCUGGACAGGACUGGUAUCCCAUUUCAAAAGGCCAGAGUAA